AUGGAUGCAUCAUUCACCGACGAGAAAGCUCAACAGAGCUUUCAUGAAAAUAUUGAGGAUGACUCUCCAGCAGCAAUCGAGUAUAGGAAGAAGGAAGCGAAGUUGUUGAGAAAGCUGGAUUGUUUCAUUGCUCCGGUCAUGAUGUUGCUUAUGCUCAUCAUGUUCUACAUAUUCUAUAUUCUUGCCGAGUUCCCAUCUUCAAUCCUCGUCAAGAGGUUGCAAUUCAAUCGAGUUAUCCCAGCCAUCACGUUCUGUUGGGGCUUGGUUUGCAUGUGCACAGGCUUUGUUCAGGGGUUCUCAUCACUCAUCGUCACGAGGAUUCUCCUCGGCUUCUUUGAAGGCUGUCUCUUCCCAUCGAUGACUCUGUUCUUGUGCAACUGGUAUAAGCGCGAGGAACUUGCUACUCGGAUUGCUUUCUUGUUCAUCGCUUCGGCAUUGUCAGGUGCAUUCGGAGGUUUGCUCGCGUGGGCAAUUCUAUACAUGGAUGGUACCGCUGGCCUUCCUGGUUGGAGAUGGCUCUAUAUACUGGAAGGCAUCAUCACCAUUGUCUGGGCCGGGAUCUGCAUCUUCGUGGUUCCCAAGAACUACGAGACAGCUUAUUUCCUCAAUGCAGAAGAUAAAGCUAUCAUGAGGCAGCGCGCAGAAAUCAUGGAAGCGUACAGCGGUGGCUCAGGACACUACUCCAUGAAAGACAUCAAAGAAGCUGCCAAAGAUGUGAAGAGUUGGGUUCAUGGCGUCAUUCAAAUUGCUGUGGUCACUAUUCUCUAUGGCUUCGGAACUUUCUUGCCUAUCAUCAUCAAGAAUGGGUUUCAUUAUUCGACGGUUCAAGCUCAAUAUCUUGUCAUUCCAGUGAACCUCUGGGGAGCCAUUGUCUAUGCAGUCGGUGCAUACCUCUCCGACAAAUACAAGACUCGUUUCCUGCCUCUGAUCAUCUGUGCACCAUUCGGUAUAGCCGGUUACGCCAUUCUCCUAACAAAAGUCUCGCCCGGCGUCCAAUACUUUGCAACCUAUCUAAUCGCCACAGCUUGCUUCCUCUGCACUGGGACUAACAUCGCCUGGCUAUCAGGUAACUGUGCACCAGACGGGAAACGUGCUGCAAGUCUAGGGAUUCUGUUGACAUUGACUAACAUUGGGGGUGUGGUCAGCGGUCAAAUAUAUCAAACAAAAGCUGCACCGAAGUAUACCUUGGGUCAUGCUUGGAGUUUGGGAUGCUUGGCUUUCGCCUGGUGUGGGUGGUGGAUUGUGAGGGCGAUUUAUACGAGGAGAGAGAAGGCGAAGGAUAAGGCGCUUGCGGAGGGAGUGGUCAUUGAUCAUGAAAACUACACGGAUCGUGCUCCGGACUUCAGGUAUCAGUUCUGA